AUGGACAAGAAGAAAGAGGAAUCAGAGAGUGAUGAGAAGAAAUUAUAUAUCACUUCAGAGAAUGGCGAAUCUUCGAGUUUUUCCAUAAUUUCCGGAGCAGAGCAGCUUGAUCAUUUUUCCCAAACAGGAACCCUUCCACAGGGUAGAGAAACAAUUGAAGUCGUCCUAAAACUUCCGGCGCUUCGGCUGUCCUCUUUACUUGCAGCAAUGGAAUUAGAAGAAGAUACAAAAAUUUCAAUUCCUGCGCCAUUCUCCAACCUCCCAAAAAUCUUAACUGGGCGUUCACUGAUCCCUCUCCCUCCCAACAAUGGAGAACAAGAUCAAAAUAGCUCAUCAAAUGAAAGAACAAUUACCUCAGGACCAAGCAGCUCCUCUUCUCCUUCUGAGCUCCCCCACAUCUCUAAUGCUGCUCCAGCCCUCUUCCUUCGCAUUGGCUCUUGGCAGGUGGUGCCCCAAAAUGAAGGUGAUUUGGUGUUGAGAUUUGAUUAUAGGACCAAGAAGAUAUCGUGGGAGAUUGUGAGGGAGGGGCCUUCCAAGCACAAGAUUGAAAUUGAUUGGUCUAACAUCAUUGGCAUUGAAGCUGCUACUGAAGAUCACAGACAAGGAAUCCUCCAACUUGAGCUGCAAAAACCACCAAGAUUUUACAAGGAGAUUGAAGCCAAACUACAGAAACAGUCCAAGUGGAUAGAUGAAUCAGAUUUCACAGAUGGCAGAGCUUCUUUAAAUAGGAGAUAUUUUUCCGUGUUUUCUCCGGGAGUGCUUGGUGCACAUUAUAAGAGAAUGAUGAAAAAUAAGCAUGUGUUAGAAGUAAGCCAAAAGUCAUUUCCAGCCACUUAUUCUCCUUACUUCCCCAAAGAUUAGAGAGGGACGGUUUUGUUUUUUUAUGUCUGCUUACUUUUACAGGUCGUUCUGCGUUUACAAGUCAAAUUUAUAGAAUGAGAUUGUAAAGUUGAUAGAGAUAUUUCGCAUGCUUGUGAGUUUGUUUGUCGGUGUCCCAAGUUCUGAAUUCACUAGUUACACAGACUAUAUUGCUA